AUGUUAGAUUCUACACCAAUACUUUGUGCACUCUUUUUCUUCCUAUUCAUCAUCUUCAAAAUCCACCGUAGAAAAAAAUGUUGGAAAUAUCCCAUUUUUAGUGAUUAUCCUUUUCUAGGCAUGUUACCAACAAUCCUUUGGAACUUAUGGAAUAUUCAUGAUUUCAUAACCGAGGAACUGAAAAAGCACCCUAGAGGCACUGCUGAGUUUAUGGGACCUUGGUUUACCAACAUGAACUAUUUGAUCACCAGUGAUCCCAUGAACGUGCAUCACAUGAUGAGCAAGUGUUUUGACAACUAUGUAAAAGGUUCUGAGUUUCGUGAUAUUUUUGAAGCCUUUGGAGAUGGAAUAUUUGUAGCAGACUCAGAAACAUGGAAAUAUAACAGGUCGCUUUUUCGCUCCGUUUUUAAGCAAAGAGGCUUUGAGCUUUUUCAAGAGAAAAUCAUUCAAAACAAGCAGGAAAGAAGCUUGAUUCCUUUGUUGGAUCAUGUUGAACAACAAGGGUCGGUGGUGGAUUUGCAAGAUGUAUUCAGUCGCUUCACAUUCGACAACAUUUGUUCUGUAGUUCUCGGAUGUGAUCCGAAUUGUCUUUCCAUUGAAUUUCCUGAGGUUGCUUGUGAGAAAGCUUUUGACCAAAUUGAAGAAUGCAUAUUCUAUAGACAUGCUAUGCCAAAAAGUUUUUGGAUGUUUCAAAAGCUUCUUCAAGUUGGUCAUGAGAAAAAAAUGACAAAAGCAUAUAAAGAAUUUGAUCAAUUUAUAUAUGCAAAUAUAGAGUCCAAAAGAGAGGAGCUUAAAAGAGGUCUAAAAAAUAUUGAAACGGUUGAUUUGUUAACAACUUUCAUGAAAGUAGAGAAAGAGUCACAAGUAGUUUUACAUGAUGAUAAGUUUCUAAGAGAUGUUGCUUUCAAUCUCUUUGUGGCUGGGAGAGAUACAAUAACUUCAGCACUAACAUGGCUCUUUUAUCUUAUUGCAACACAUCCUUUAGUAGAAGCCAAAAUUCUUGAAGAAAUUAGAGAAAAUUUUGGAGCCAUUAAAAUUGGAAAAAAAUUAGGAGUUGAUGAGGUGAAAAAACUAGUUUAUCUUCAUGGUGCUAUAUGUGAGGCUGUGAGGCUUUUUCCUCCUAUACCUUUUGAGAGAAAGCAAGCAAUAAAAGAUGAUAUACUUCCAAGUGGUCACUUUGUUAAUCCUAAUACAACUAUAUUAUUUUCUUUGUAUUCAAUGGGGAGAGUUGAAGAGACAUGGGGAAAAGAUUGCUUGGAGUUCAAGCCAGAGAGAUGGAUAUCUGAGAGAGGAGGCAUUGUUCAUGAACCAUCUUAUAAGUUCAUUAGUUUCAAUGCUGGACCAAGAACUUGUUUGGGAAAGGACUUGUCAUUCAUUCAAAUUAAGAUGGUAGCAGUUGCUAUUUUGUGUAACUAUCAUGUCCAUGUAGUGAAAGGUCAUAUUCCUAUCCCAAAUCUUUCAAUUGUACUUCUUAUGAAGAAUGGUUUGAAGGUUAGGAUAAGAAAGAGAGAAAGUUGA